AUGUCUUCUACAGACUUCUAUUAUUUGUUGGAAUCAAUCCGUGACGAUAUUUCUCGACAAAACACAACAUUUCGCAAGGCGGUAACCGCUGAAGAACGAUUGGCUAUAACACUAAGAUAUUUGGCAACUGGGGAUUUGUACACUAGCUUGCAAUAUCUGUUUAACGUGUCAAAGCAAUUAAUUUCAAAAAUAGUACCAGAAGUGUGUAGAGCUCUAGUGAAGACCUUAUUUAAACAUGUGACGGUACCUUCAACCAUUGAAGAGUGGAGAGAAGUAUCAAACAAUUUUGAACAGGCUUGGAAUUUUCCGCACUGUUUAGGAGCACUCGAUGGGAAACAUAUUUUGUUA